AUGUGUUUUUUUAUAAAGGCAUUUUUAUUUUUAUUACCCUUUUUAAACCAAGCCCAAAGAUUUAAACUGUAAGGAUCGAAGCCGUUAUAUAUGAAUUGCAUAGACAUUAAUGAAAGUGAUAAUGGCUUUGUGGGAAACUAGUACUUUUAUGAUUAGCUCUCAUAAUCUGGAAGUUUGGUAAAUCUUGACAAAAUUACAUUUACCUUAUGGAUAAAUGUAUAUUAAAAAUACAAACUGAAUGGAAAGUAAAUUUUGUUUGCUUUUGUCGAUGGUAACACAAAUAACCCUUAUCUUAAUUUAAUAUUAUAUUACACAAUUUCAUCAGGAUAGUAUACUAUGACCUUAUCAAAUGAAAGAUUUUCUCCAGAGAUAGUUUUAUUACCAUUAUCACAGUAAAAUGAUCUUUAUAUUGGCAGUUGGUGUCAUAUAGUAUUAUCUAUAGAUUAGAGCACAAGUAAUACUUUUAUUAAUUUGAAAUUUUUUUCUACAUAUGAUAAUUCACUGAAUUAGAUUCAAGACGUUCUAGUGAAUUAAAAAUUAAAAUAUAAAUUUGGAGUGCAUUCUAGAAUAACUAAUGAGUAAUUAUUUAAAUCCUCUACUGAUUACAAAGCAUGUGUAAAUAUUGCUAAUUUUUAUUAUAUCAACGGAUGGACAACAAUGGAUUCAGAAACUUAUAUGGACUAUGAUUUAGAAUUGAAGUUCUUUCUCAAACCUUAUAGGGCCAAAGGCUUUAAUGUUAACGACUAAUUUAUGAAUGUAGCUUUGAGAUAAUAUUCCAACCCUGUAUUUCUGGGUAGUCCUAUAGGAUUAUACUUGUAUAAGAACACACAGAUAGUGUAUACUUUUAUGGAAGAUCUAGGUUCCUUAACAAUGAUGUUUUGGAUUAAGCCAAUGAAUAUCGUAUCGCUUUUUUAGUUUAUUUCUUUGACUGAUGAUGCAUUAUAGUAGACAAGCAUAGGAUUUGGAGUAAGUUCUGACUAUUACUUAUAAUUUCAUUAAAAUUAUGGUAAGUCCCCGUUAGGUAAAUUAGAAGAAAGCACUUGGGCUCAUGUGACAGUUGGUGUUUUGGAGCUAAGUUAUAAUUCUGAUUUUAUUCCUACAAGCUCAGUUAAGCUAUUAAGAGUUUUUAUUAAUAAAUCUUAGGUUGAAUAUAAAAAGAUCUAUUCCGUGAUAGCAUACAAAAGAUUAAUAUUGGGACCAAUAUUUACUGAUGAUUAUGGAGAUGAAUGCAUCGAUAUUUAAGACAUCAAAAUUUAUAAAGGCUAUGGUAUCUAAAAAUCUCAAGGGGAUUGCAGAUUAUUUGUUAGUGCAUAUUGUGCAUUCUGUAGACCUGAUACUCAUUAUUGCAAAGAGUAGGAUCCAACUGAUGAUGAUAAUAUUUAUACUUGUGCAGCUGGCUAUAAAGAAACUCCAAAUGGCUGUUCUCCUAUAACAAUUUAAAAUUGUCUUAGACAAUCUGGACCACAAUGUGCAAUUUGUGCAGAUAAUUAUAACUUAUCUUCCGGAAGUUGCACUUAGAUAAAUCCCUUAGUGUCACCAUAUGAAUGCGAUGAUCCUAAUGCAAUAUUUUGCAGAAGAACAAUUUAUAGGGAUAAUUCAAAGUCUACUUUCGAAUAGAGUAAACUUUGUAAACUAGAUUAUGGAUAACAGUCUAAUUAAUUUUACUGUGAAAAUAAAUACUCAAAUAACUGCGUCUAGGCUCAAUUCUAAUAAAAAUGUUAUAAAUGCAAUAAUAAUUACUACUUAACCGAAUAAAAUACAUGUUAAGUAACUUGUACACAACUUAACAAAUUUUAGUCUAACGGAGUUUGUUUAAAAAAGUGUCCAUUUAAAUAUUAUUAUACGUUUAAUUGUUAUAGUACAUCAUCACUACCUUAAUAUUAUUGUAGCUCUUAGAAGUGCGAUCAAUAGAAAGAACUAGAUCUUGACUAUUAUUGUCUAAAUUAUUUUUAUUCAAAUGGUAAGUAUAAAUAUUGUACACUACGUGGUUAAACCUAAGAAAACGAAAAAUGGAUUGAUUGCCAUUCUGACUGCAAAUAUUGUUUUGGUUGGUAAUAAAAUUAAUGUUUGGGUUGUUAUUCAAACAAAUUUUUUAGUCCGUAUGACACAAAAUGCGUAGAUGAUUGCAAUGAUCUAAAAUAUUUUAAAUAUAAUAAUAGAGAUAAAAUGGUUUGUGAAUUAGAAUGUCCUUCAGAUUAUUUCACAUAGGAUUUAGAAUGCGUGAGGAGUUGUAAAAUUGGUUAUGCUCUUUAUAAUAAAAAAAUAUGUUAACCAGAUACUCAAAUUACAGAUAAUUUCGUAUCCAUCUUGAUGUUCAAAUCUGUAUUUGUUGAUUGUCCUCAAGUUUGCUAAACAUGCACAAGUUAAACAAUUUGUACUAGUUGUCUAAAUAAUUAUAUUUUAACUUAGAAUAGUUGUCCUGUAACAUGCUAUCCAAAAUAUCUCUACAUUGAUGAAGAUGACGUGAGUCAUUGCUUAACCAGCUGUGACCCAACUGAUUUAGUAUAUGAUAAUUCUAAUAUUGACGGGUAUAAAAUUAGACAAUGCUUCAAACUUAAAUGUGGUUUUAUCUAACUUGGUAGGACAUAAUAAACUUAUUUACAUUAAACGAAACCUCUUACUUGUGUGUAUCCAUGUGAUCCUGAUCAUUAUCCUAAUCAAAACAAUUAUUCAUGCGUUAAAUGUGACCCUAUUUGUCUCAAUUGUUAAAACUCAGCUACUUUUUGUACUAAAUGCUAACCAGGGACCUAUCUUUAAGAUAAUAGUUGUUUCACUUCCUGCAAAUCUAAAUUUAAGAAUUAUUACAAUAAUCAAUGCGAAGGCACAUGCUCUUCCGGAUAUGCAGUUAUUGACAAAGCUCUAGACAUUUAAGCCUGUGUCCAAUAAUGUGGGAUGAUGUUUUCUAUGUUCCUCUAUACACUCAAUACUCAAUGCUAUCAGGCUCCUCCUGUCAUUGGAGCAUAUUGCGUAGGUUACUAGUGUUACAAUUGUUAUUAUAAAUGUAAGACUUGUACUGGUCCCAAUUAUUAUUCGUGUUCAUCUUGUUAUGAUAAGACAUUUCUCUUAGAUAAUAAGUGUGGGACAAAUUGUGAUGAUAAGUAUUAUGAUUUGUUAAAUUGGAAAUGCGUCGAUGUUUGUCCAAGCAAUGUAUACACUACCUCUGGCUAUUAAUAUGUUAAUGGAAAUUUGACUUUUGUCACAUCCUGUUCCUCCACAUGCUUAUAUGAUUAGUUUUAAUUUUAGGGUAAAUGUACUGAUAUCUAACCAGAGGGAACUUACUAUACCCAGAAGUCUAAUUAUAAAUUAUGUGAUAAAUGCACAGCAGUAUGUUUAACAUGUUUUGAUUCCUAUUCAACUACUUGUACGGAAUGUAAUGUAGGAUCUUAUUUAUAUGAUACUACUUGCUCCUCUGAAUGUCCUGAUGAUGCACCAUAUAAAGAUACUCUUUAAAAUUUGUGUGUUGUUACUUGCACCAGUUAUUAAGAAAAUGGAUAUUGCGUUGCUGGCUGUUCGGAUAAUUAUUACACAUAUGAUGCUCAGAAAUAAUGUUACGAGUUAGGUUGUCCAGAAGGAACAUUUAAUCUGGCUAAUACACUUGAGUGCUAUGCUUGUGCUCUUGGAUGCGCUACUUGUACAGAUGGAUCCUCAAGUUCUUGUAUCACUUGUAUAGAAGGAUAUUUUCUGCUAGGCACAUCAACAUGUACAAAUGUCUGUAAUGUGAGUCCUGACCUUAUUUAAGAUUGGAUUAAUGGAAAAUGUGCUAAAUAGUGUCCAGCUGGAACUUACUUGUAAACUUUGGCAAGUGGGUAACUAGCAUGUAAAGACACUUGUCCUGUUCUUUAUUAUUCAAAUAUUUGUGUUGCAGCAUGUCCUGCUCAAACUUAUGCUGAUGGCAUUAUUUGCACUCCAUGUGCUGGGCCUUGCUCUGUUUGUUUUGGCGAAUUAGUAAACCAAUGCACAAAGUGUGAUUCUGGAUAUUACUUGGCUGAUACUAGUUGUGUUGAUGUAUGUCCAAAUUCAAAACCUUAUGCAAAUUUAGCUGAUUAAACUUGUGUCUCGACUUGCCCAGAUUACUUGUAUUUAGCCAAAAAAAUCUGCUUUAGUCCUUGUCCAGGUUUCUUAGCUAUUUAUCAAUUAAAUGGUAAAAAAGAAUGCGUUGAUUAAUGCUAUUCAAAAUCCUAUUUAUCUUCUGGAAAUUGCUUACAAUGCAAUGCCAUUUGUAAAGAAUGUUAUGGACCGAUCAAUGGAAACUGUUUAUAAUGUGAAGCACCUAACUAUUUAUAUUAAUAAAAAUGUUCACCUUCUUGCCCAUCGUAAUUAUACACUGACUUGAUAGAUAGAGUUUGCAGAGAAUCUUGUCCAUCCAACACUGUUAUCUAAGGAUAGAAAUGUUAAGCUUAAUGUGAUGCAACUUAUUUACUGUAUGGUUAAUUUUGUGUCGCAACCUGUCCAGCAUUUACCUACAAAUCAAAUACAAAAUGUUUACUAUGCAACCCACUAUGCAGGUCUUGUAGUGGACCUUUAAUCACCACUUGUUCUUCUUGCAUAGAAAACUAUUUAUUAGAUGGCACUACUUGCACAUAAACUUGCCCAAUCCUAUAUGAUUAUGAGGCUUAAAAAUGCGUAAGCACUUGUAAUACAAAGUUUGAAUUAACUGAUUUGAAAAGUUGUGUGACAACUUGUCCAACAGGAUAUAUUAAAUGUAAUAAAAAAUGUUUGAAAACUGCACCUGAUGGAUAUUAUUCAGAUGGAAUAAGUUGCCUGUAAUGCAAUAGUAAAUGUACUAAGUGCACAUCCCAAAAUGUAUGCUAAGCAUGCAGUAAAAACAACUUUCUAUCUUUGUAGACCUGUGGAUUUUUGUGUACUAACAAAUAUCUUUAUAUGGAUUCAACAACAGGAACUUGUGUUACAAAAUGUCCACCUCAACUUUACCAUUAAGAAUCGUAUGAUAGAAGGACUUGUGUUGAGGAUUGUCUCUUAGGCUAUAAACUUAAUGAUUAAUGUGUUAGUUCUUGCCCAAAAGGAAUGUAUACUAAGGAUAAUUUCUGUACAAAUUGCCCUUAGACAUGCGAAGAAUGUACCUCAGCAACAAAUUGCACUGUAUGUAUCAAAGAUCAUUUUUUGGAAAACGGACUUUGCUAUAUAAGUUGUUUGGUUGGCAAAACAGAUUAUAAAAAUAAUUCAUGUGUCUCAUAAUGUGAUCCAUCAUUAUUUGAAUAUCAAAACUAAUGUUUAGUAAGUUGUCCUACAGAUCCAGUAUUUUAUUAUCAUUCAAAUAUAUGUAUGGAUGCAUGUCCAGAGAGUACAUACUAGAAUAAAUAAGAAUGUCUGGAUUGUGAUGUGUCAUGUUUGUCAUGUAUUGGCCCAUCGAACAACGAUUGUCUAGUUUGUAAAGACACCUAUUACUUACAUGACUAAUAAUGUAUUCUCACUUGUCCUAAUUUAUAUAAUGAGGUAGAUAAAACAUGUGUUCUUUCUUGCCCUCCAAAUCUUCUUUUGGAUGGAAAUAAGUGUGUUUUGAUUUGUAGUUAGUACAUGUACGACAAUACUUGUUUGUCGAGCUGUCCUAUAGGAGCAUAUGAUGCAAAUUACAUUUGUUUCGAUUGUUCUGAGAAUUGCCUUGAAUGCAACUCUUUUGGCUGCACUAAAUGCGGCAACGGAACAUUUUUAAAUGAUGGAAGUUGUAGUAGUUUUUGCCCAUACUUUUACAAUAUUAUCAAUUAUCAAUGUGAGUAAUAGUGCCCAGAAGGAACAUAUCUUUAUAUUGAUCAAUGCUAUGCAACUUGUCCAGCCAAUACAUAUACAUAUCUGUAAACAUGUCUUUUAGAAUGUCCUUUGAAAACUAUUUUACUAAAUUCUGUUUGCUACUAAUGUCCAGAGAGAUGUUCAGUUUGUAAAAGUUAAUAUGAAUGUGGGACUUGCGAUGCUCCUUAUUACUAAUUUAAAGGAGAAUGUGUUGUGGCUUGUCCAACAGUACUUCCCUAUUAGAAUAAAAUUUAUUAUGUAUGCUAAUCGGAAUGUUCUCCUGAUACAUAUGAAAAAGGAUAUGACUGCGUUAGAGAAUGUGAUUUAAUCAUCUAUUAGAAUAAAUGUUUGACAAAUUGUCCUUAUGGAUAUUAUGGUAAUGCAAUAUGUAAGCCUUGCAAAUUGGAGUGCAAGGCUUGCAAUGACUUUAAUAUAUGCACAGAAUGUUCAGACAACUUUUACCUUGAGUAUAACUAAUGCGAGACAUAAUGUACAAAAAUCAAAGAUUUGAAAUAAAAGAAGUGCGUCGAUUCAUGUUCUCAAUUUUUGUAUCAAAAUGUGUGCUAUGAAACUUGUCCCAUAAAUACAUAUUAAUAUACAAAUACUUGUCUUCAAAAGUGCUUAGAGGGAUAUUUUGGUUCUGCAGACUUCAAAUGUGAAAAAUGCCCUUCUUAAUGCAUCACUUGCUCAACUUUUAAUUAAUGUAACAGUUGCAAAAUUGGAUAUUACUUAUAUCAGAAAUAGUGUUUAGAUUCAUGUCCUGACAAAUUAUUUUCAAAUCCAUUAACCAGUUAGUGCACACAAUCAUGUCCAGAUAAAACAUUUAUCUUUACAAAUUCAUGCUUGUAUGAAUGUCCAAGUGAUUAUUUCAAUGACACUGAAAGUUAUAAAUGCGUUACAUCAUGUGGCAAGCAAUAAUAUCUUAAUAAAAACAGUUGUUAUCCCUGCUCUUUUGAAUGCGAUUAAUGCACAGCCUAUGGAAAUAAAAAUUGUGUAGCAUGUGCAACUAAUUUCGUUUUAACUGAAGAGGGACAUUGUUUUGGAAAAUGCAAAGCUGGUUAUUAUUAAACAACAAAUUCUUGUGAGUAAUGCUUACAUAAAUGUCUAACUUGUUAGAAUGGCACUGAAUGUUUAUAAUGCAGAGGAAAUAAUAGAAAUCAACUCGAUUGUUCAUGUCCAAAAGGAUAUUAUGAUGAUCCAUUUUAUGAUAAUUGUUAAAAAUGUCCAUGUGAAGAAUGUAUUUCUGAAUCAGAGUGUCUAGUAUGCAAAAAUAAUCUUUAAGUUCCCAACUGUUCUUGUAAUAGGAGACUUAACGACGAUUGGUGUAUUACUUGUCAAAUUGCAUCUGUCAAUAUAUACUAUUCAGAUGAUCUAAAUUAAAUCAUCGUUUAUUUUGGAUAUUUGAUAUCAGUUAAUUUAAUUAACCCUUUCUAACCCUCAAGUUGUUCAUUUUGGUUUAAUGAUUCUGAAAUAUUCGGAGAGGAUGCUUAAUGCUAUUUGUCAUGGGACAGAUAUGCAGUUCACAUCAUAUUAGAACCAUACGCUUCUGUCAAUGUUGGAGAUCAAUUAAGCUUCUAACAAUCCUUUUAUCGAGAUGUAAAUCAAGGCCUUUGUGAUGGAUAAUUCAUUGAAACAUUUAUUGAUAGCACUGUGAAGGGACCUUCAGCAUUAACUAAACCUUAUGUGCAUUUUGAUGUACCAUCUGUCGUAAGUACUUGUAAGACUAUUGAAAUUAAACAAAUAUUAUAUGAUGGAACAGGAAAGAAGAUUCAAGAAGUGUUAUCUUGGACUCUUAAAGAAAUGGAUAAUGACAACUAUUAUUUGUAAAUGGAUGCAUUCUUAGCAGAUCAAAAAAAUGAGUUCACCAUUCCUAUCGGUGCCUUAGCCACUAAUGUUACUUAUACCAUUACAGCCAAAUAUAUUAAUUUCCUCAAAAGAGUGAAUUUCACAACCUUUACAUUCACUACACUACCAGACUUAGUCCCUUAUGUCUUUCUAUAAUAUAAUCCUUUGAUGGCUAGGGUUUAUGUUUUCGAUUGUAAAGUCACAUAUUCUGAUAUGAAAAAUGAAUUUAAUUUGGCCAUUCAAGUUUCUGAUUCCGAUAAUAAAACUUACAUUUCCAUACAGUAAGCCAUUAACCCCAUUUAUGAUGUCCCAUUAAAUGAAUCCCUUUUACCUAAAGAAACCCCAUUACUUUUUAUGGCAUCAACAGGAAGUUCUGUCAUUCAUGAAAAGAUUUAUCUAAAAUCCAAAAAGAUUGAAAUUUAAUUCCUUUAAAAGAAUCGAUUUAUUGGAUUAGAUAAUUAAAUUAAUGCAAGAGCCUUCGAUCGAAAUAUCUAAGAUGAAGUUUUAAGUACAUUAAAAAUUGAAUAUCAAUGGUAAUGUAAUAAUUUAUUCAAUUUAUAACCUUGUAAGACAGAAGAAAAUAAAAUUAUGGAAUUUCCAUCCAGAAGAAUUGCUGAUAUUUUUGCAGAUAGUUAAAAUACUACUUUCGUCUUCUUUGUUAAAGCAUCCAAAGGCAAUAGGUGGACAGUAAAAGAAUAGUUGAUAGUUGUCACAGAUUUUGAAAUCGAGGAAGAGUUCGUUUUAAAUUAAGAAGUCCCUCAAAACUCUGUCAAUCUUAAUGAUGAAAUAACUGUCUUAAUUAGAAAUAAUUAAAAAUAUGCUUUCAUUAUUCAAGAAUUCAAAAUUUUGGCUUCAAUCAAAACUAAAGGCCAAACAUUAAAAUUUAGACUCUCAGGAUUAACAGCUAAUUACAAUAGUCCUGUGUACAUCUAUCUAGUCCCAGGCAUUGAAUCUAUAUCUUUUAAGCUAAACGUGCCUCCUUCAGAAGUUUACUUCAAUGUAGAUCCACUUAUAGGUGAAUCUUUAGAUUACUUUAAUUAUUCAAUCCAAAACUUACAACCUGGAAAUACUUUCAGUAUUUAUUACUAUUUUGACAAACUUCUUCUCUAAGAUGACGUAAAUCUGUAAUCCAUAAAUCAUGGUUUCCCUUUGGUGAUUAGUUCACAGGAAUUAACAGGUUCCUUCUAACUUCCAAAUGGAAUUAUUGAUAAUGCAAUAUCCGUUAUUUGUUAGAUUGAAUCAGCAAAGGGAUCAAAGUCCUAUUUAGUAAAGGAAAUUCAAGUCAAAAGAAAUAAUUAUCAGAUAAAUAAAUUGUAUGAAUCCUUAAAUAAUCAAACUAAUUUUUCAAAUUUACAAAGUAUUCACACUAUGACUAAACUAAUGGAAAUCGAAUAAUAAUAAGUCUGCUUGAAACAGUGCUCAGGUGUUGGUACAUGCGUUGACAAUAAAUGUAAAUGUCCUCCAGAAUAUUACUUUGAUGAUUGCAGUGGAACCAGAGAAGAAUACGAUAAUUUUAGCAGCCUUAUUUCAAAUGCUUUGCAACAAUUAAUUAAAAAUCCAAUAACAAAUGAUGAUGAGUUUAGAUUGUUCAGCUAAUCUCUAUUGUACUUAUCCACUCUAAAAGAUUUAAAUAGUUCAAUUACUAAUUCAGAUUGCUAAUAAAUAUUGGAAUAAUACAUUUAAAAUCUUAAUACAAGAUUAGAAAAAAUCAACCAAUACUCAAUUAAUCUUUAAUAUCAGUCAACUGCUUAUCUGAAUUACUCCCAAAUUGAUAUAAGAUCUUUGGAAAAUUAGAAUGAUUUAGGAACAGCUUUAAAGAGCACGGUAUUUAUGUGGGCUAAAACCUUAUUUACUGAAGAUUCUGCUGUCUAUUAAUUGCAGAGUCGCUUAAGAAGCUUUUUAUCAGCUAUAAUAGAAUUAUCUCUAUUCGGUAUUGAACCUAAUGAAUCUAUCGAUUACUCUUUUGAUACUGCCUUUCUAAAAAUGUAGAGAAUUAAUAAUAUAUCCAACAUCACAAAAGGAAGACUAUUAGUUGAAUCCACUGAAGUUAAUUCCAGCAACUCAGAAUAUUACGAUGUUGUUUAAGCCAUAUAUAUUCGUAAUUACUUUGCUUUUGAUGGUUACUAUCCAUAUCCCUUAUAAUUAUAUCCACUUUACGAUUACUAAAUACGUCAAGAAAAUAGAAAAUAAAAUAUUUAAUUAAGCUCAUAUAUCUCAUACAAAUUUAAAGUGCUUAAUGAUACUACAAAUCUGGUUUGUUUAAUGAGAAAUUCUUUGUCAUAUGAAUGGUCAAAUGAAAAUUGCACACUUGACUAAUAAAAUACAUCCUAUUUUUGUAAUUGUACAAAUCUUGCUCCAACAACCAUUUGUAAUGAUUAUGACUACCUUUUUUAAAAUUCUCCUAAGUUCUAAUUGAAAAUUCCAAACCUUUUAUAUAUUAUUUACUUUGCAUAAUUAUUGAUAUUAGGAAUAUUUUUCUUUAAGUCUAGGAAGUCUUAGUAUGAAAAAUCUGUAGAUAAUAAUAAGUUUGGUUAAGUUCUAAAAUUGGCAAAGCAUAAUAAAAUAGGAGUUUUCGGAAAUAAGAUUGUUCCAAUUGAUGAUGAAAAACAAGUUGUUUAGGAUGAGUCAAAAUAAAACUAAAAUUAAUAAUAACCUACAGAUAAAGAUAAAUUUAGUUUUAAUAAUUUUUGGAAAUAUCAUUUUUUAACUUCAAUGAUAUAUAAAAAAAUCUUUUACUUUAGCUCAUUUCAACGUUCUGUUUUGAUUUUAUUGAGAUGGAAUCAAGCCAUUAUUGUUGGAGAAGUCUUAACUUUUUAUGGAUUCAAUUAUGAUGUUGCUAUGUGGAUUAUCUUGUCAUCAAUCAUUUUUAGCAGAAUUUUUGAAUACAUUUUCAAAACUUAAGUCAAAUACUUUUUUUAUAUGAAAUAAAUAAUAGUACUUAUUCUAACUAAGUUAUUCCUAUUCUUAAUAAUGUUAGGCACAUUUUUAUUUGGAAUAUAUGUCUAUUUGAUAAUUUAUAAUUAAACAAACUUGAUUAUUUCAUAUACUUUUGCCAUCAUAAUUGAUUUCCUAUUUUUGGACAUAAUCUUAUUUAGUGCCAAUAAAUUUUUUGGAUAAGAAAAGAAAAAAUUAAUUAGGAAAAAACUUAAAGAAUUUUAAUUUAUAGCUAAAGCAUAGAACGUCAAUUGA